ACAGUAUUGGUCGGUUUCCCCAGAAAGCAGCCAAUCGGAAUAGGCAGACUUCCGGCGCGAAGUGAGCGAGAUCUCUGCGCGGCAGCCGUGGUCGCGCGGCGGGGAGUUUGGAUCCUGGUUCCGCCCGCUUGGAGUCUGCGUGCGAGGAUUAUGGCUGCUGUUCCUCAGAAUAAUCUACAGGAGCAACUAGAACGUCAUUCAGCCAGAACACUUAAUAAUAAAUUAAGUCUUUCAAAACCAAAAUUUUCAGGUUUCACUUUUAAAAAGAAAACAUCUUCAGAUAACAAUGUAUCUGUAACUAAUGUGUCAGUAGCAAAAACACCUGUAUUAAGAAAUAAAGAUGUUAAUGUUACCGAAAAUAAAGAUGUUAAUGUUACCGAAGACUUUUCCUUCAGUGAACCUCCACCUGACACCACAAAUCAGCAGAGGGUCAAGGACUUCUUUAAAAAUGCUCCAGCAGGACAGCAAACACAGAGAGUUGGCUCAAAACCAUUAUUGCCAGAUUUCUUGCAGACUCCGAAGGAAGUUUUAUGCACUACCCAAAACACACCAACUGUAAAGACAUCCCAGAAUACUGCUCUCAAGAAAUUAGAAUUUAGUUCUUCACCAGAUUCUUUCAGAACCAUCAAUGAUUGGGAUGAUAUGGAUGACUUUGAUACUUCUGGGACUUCAAAAGCAUUUGUUACACCACCCCAAAGUCACUUUGUAAGAGUAAGCACUGCUCAGAAAUCAAAAAAGGCUAAGAGAAACUUUUUUAAAGCACAGCUUUAUACAACAAACACAGUAAAGGCUGAUUUGCCUCCAUCCUUCUCUGAAAGCGAGCAAAUAGAUUUGACUAAGGAACAGAAGGAUGACUCAGAAUGGUUAAGCAGCGAUGUGAUUUGCAUUGAUGAUGGCCCCAUUGGUGAAGUGCAUAUAAAUGAAGAUGCUCAGGAAAGUGACUCUUUGAAAACUCAUUUGGAAGAUGAAAGAGAUAAUAGCGAAAAGAAGAAUUUGGAAGAAGCUGAAUUACAUUCAACUGAGAAAGUUCCAUGUAUUGAAUUUGAUGAUGAUGAUUAUGAUAUAGAUUUUGUUCCACCUUCUCCAGAAGAAAUUUCUGCUUCUUAUUCCUCUUCAAAAUGCCCUAGUAUGUUAAAGGACCUUGACACCUCUGACAGAAAAGAGGAUGUUCUUAGCACAUCAAAAGAUCUUUUGUCAAAACCUGAGAAAAUGAGUACACAGGAGCCGAAUCCAGAAACCAGCACAGACUGUGACGCUAGACAGAUAAAUUUACAGCAGCAGCUUAUUCACGUGAUGGACCACAUCUGUAAAUUAAUUGAUACUAUUCCUGCUGAUAAACUGAAACUUUUGGAUUGUGGGAACGAACUGCUUCAGCAGCGGAACAUAAGAAGGAAACUUCUAACAGAAGUAGAUUUUAAUAAAAGUGAUGCCAGUCUUCUUGGCUCCGUGUGGAGAUGCAGGCCUGAUUCACUUGAUGGCCCUGUGGAGGGUGAUUCCUGCUCUGCAGGGAAUUCUAUGAAGGAGUUAAAUUUUUCACACCUUCCCUCAAAUUCUGUUUCCCCUGGGGACUAUUUACUGACCACCACCCUAGGAAAGACAGGAUUCUCAGCCACCAGGGAGAAUCUUUUUGAAAGGCCUUCAUUCAAUUCCCCUUUACAGAAGUCCUUUGUAAGUAGCAACUGGGCUGAAACACCAAGACUAGGAAAAAAAAAUGAAAGUUCUUAUUUCCCAGGAAAUGUUCUCACAAGCACUGCUGUGAAAGAUCAGAAUAAACAUACUGCUUCAAUAAAUGACUUAGAAAGAGAAACCCAGCCUUCGUAUGAUAUUGAUAAUUUUGACAUAGAUGACUUUGAUGAUGAUGAUGACUGGGAAAACAUAAUGCAUAAUUUAGCAGCCAGCAAAUCUUCCACAGCUGCCUAUCAACCCAUCAAGGAAGGUCGGCCAGUUAAAUCAGUAUCGGAAAGACUUUCUUCAGCCAAGACAAACUGUCUUCCAGUGGCAUCUACUGCUCAAAAUAUAAACUUCUCGGAGUCAAUUCAGAAUUACACUGACAAGUCAGCACAAAAUUUAGCAUCCAGAAAUCUGAAACAUGAACGUUUCCAAAGUCUUAGUUUUCCUCAUACAAAGGAAAUGAUGAAGAUUUUUCAUAAAAAAUUUGGCCUGCAUAAUUUUAGAACUAAUCAGCUAGAGGCGAUCAAUGCUGCACUGCUUGGUGAAGACUGUUUUAUCCUGAUGCCGACUGGAGGUGGUAAGAGUUUGUGUUACCAGCUCCCCGCGUGUGUUUCUCCUGGGGUCACUAUUGUCAUUUCUCCCUUGAGAUCACUAAUAGUAGAUCAAGUCCAAAAGCUGACUUCCUUGGAUAUUCCAGCUACAUAUCUGACAGGUGAUAAGACUGACUCAGAAGCUACAAAUAUUUACCUCCAGUUAUCAAAAAAAGACCCAAUCAUAAAACUUCUGUAUGUCACUCCAGAAAAGAUCUGUGCAAGUAACAGACUCAUUUCUACGCUGGAGAAUCUCUAUGAGAGGAAGCUCUUGGCACGUUUUGUUAUUGAUGAAGCACAUUGUGUCAGUCAGUGGGGACAUGAUUUUCGUCAAGAUUACAAAAGAAUGAAUAUGCUUCGCCAGAAGUUUCCUUCUGUUCCGGUGAUGGCUCUUACGGCCACAGCUAAUCCCAGGGUACAGAAGGACAUCCUCACUCAGCUGAAGAUUCUCAGACCUCAGGUGUUUAGCAUGAGCUUUAACAGACAUAAUCUGAAAUACUAUGUAUUACCGAAAAAGCCUAAAAAGGUGGCAUUUGACUGCCUAGAAUGGAUCAGAAAACACUACCCAUAUGACUCAGGGAUAAUUUACUGCCUCUCCAGGCGAGAAUGUGACACCAUGGCCGACACAUUACAAAGAGAUGGGCUCGCUGCUCUUGCUUACCAUGCUGGCCUCAGUGAUUCUGCCAGAGAUGAAGUGCAGCAGAAGUGGAUUAAUCAGGAUGGCUGUCAGGUUAUCUGUGCGACGAUUGCAUUUGGAAUGGGGAUUGACAAACCGGACGUGCGAUUUGUGAUUCACGCAUCUCUCCCUAAAUCUAUGGAGGGUUACUACCAAGAAUCUGGCAGAGCUGGAAGAGAUGGGGAAAUAUCUCACUGCCUGCUUUUCUAUACCUAUCAUGAUGUGACCAGACUGAAAAGACUUAUAAUAAUGGAAAAAGAUGGAAACCAUCAUACAAGAGAAACUCACUUCAAUAAUUUGUAUAGCAUGGUACAUUACUGUGAAAAUAUAACGGAAUGCAGGAGAAUACAGCUUUUGGCCUAUUUUGGUGAAAAUGGAUUUAAUCCUGAUUUUUGUAAGAAACACCCAGAUGUUUCUUGUGAUAACUGCUGUAAAACAAAGGAUUAUAAAACAAGAGAUGUGACUGAUGAUGUGAAAAGUAUUAUAAGAUUUGUUCAAGAACAUAGUUCAUCACAAGGAGCGAGAAAUAUAAAACAUGUAGGUCCUUCUGGAAGAUUUACUAUGAAUAUGCUGGUUGACAUUUUCUUGGGGAGUAAGAGUGCAAAAAUCCAGUCAGGUAUAUUUGGAAAAGGAUCUGCUUAUUCACGACACAAUGCCGAAAGACUUUUUAAAAAGCUGAUACUUGACAAGAUUUUGGAUGAAGACUUAUAUAUCAAUGCCAAUGACCAGGCAAUUGCUUAUGUGAUGCUCGGAAAUAAAGCCCAAACUGUACUAAAUGGCAAUUUAAAGGUAGACUUUAUGGAAACAGAAAAUUCCAGCAGUGUGAAAAAACAAAAAGCGUUAGUAACAAAAGUAUCUCAGAGGGAAGAGAUGGUUAAAAAAUGUCUUGGAGAACUUACAGAAGUCUGCAAAUCUCUGGGGAAAGUUUUUGGUGUCCAUUACUUCAAUAUUUUUAAUACCGUUACUCUCAAGAAGCUUGCAGAAUCUUUAUCUUCUGAUCCUGAGGUUUUGCUUCAAAUUGAUGGUGUUACUGAAGACAAACUGGAAAAAUAUGGUGCGGAAGUGAUUUCAGUAUUACAGAAAUACUCUGAGUGGACAUCGCCAGCUGAAGACAGUUCCCCAGGGAUGAGCCUGUCCAGCAGCAGAGGCCCCGGAAGAAGUACCGCUGAGGAGCUCAACGAGGAAAUAUCCGUAUCUUCCCACUACUUUACAAGUAAAACCAGAAAUGAAAGGAAGAGGAAAAAGAUGCCAGCCUCCCAAAGGCCUAAGAGGAGAAAAACUGCUUCCAGUGGUUCCAAGGCAAAGGGGGGGUCUGCCACAUGUAGAAAGAUAUCUUCCAAAACGAAAUCCUCCAGCAUCAUUGGAUCCAGUUCAGCCUCACAUACUUCUCAAGUGACAUCAGGAGCCAAUAGAAAAUUGGGGAUUAUGGCUCCACCGAAGCCUAUAAAUAGGCCAUUUCUUAAGCCUUCGUAUGCAUUCUCAUAACAACCGAAUCUCAAUGUACAUAGACCCUCCUUCUUGUUUGUCAGCAUCUGACCAUCUGUGACUAUAAAGCUGUUAUUCUUCUUACACCAUUUGAAAUUUUUACUCGUCUCUAUUAAUAUUUAAAUAAAUGCUGGGGGUGAUAGUUCUUUUUAAAAUAAACAUUUUCUUUUGAAUAAGCAUGUUUUGCUGCUGCUGCAAGUGUUGUGGCCGUUGUUUCUCAGAACGUCUGAGGCAGCAGCUGAAUCAUCUCAGUGCAAGAGAUUCUGAGCAUAACACGAAACCCAGAAGCCAAAGGAAAAGCCACAUGUGGGCCCUUGUGAAACGAAAGCUUUUUGUAUGAGACAACACAAACAAAAUUAAAAGACAAAUGACGGGGAAAAGAGGAGAAAAUAUAUUACAAAGGAUUAGUAUCCAUCAUAUACCAAAUACCUGUGAACCAGUCAGAAACAUCCCAGUGGGCAGGUGAACCAAGGAUGUGAACAGGCUAGUCUCAGAAGAAGAAAUACACAUGCCCACGGCUGGGUGCCGUGGCUCACGCCUGUGAUCCCAGCACUUUGGGAGGCCGAGGCAGAUGGAUCAUGAGGUCAGGAUUUCGAGACUAGCCUGACCAACAUGGUGAAACCCCGUCUCUAUUAAAAAUACAAAAAUUAGCCAGGUGUGGUGUACAGGCACGACUGUAGUCCCAGCUACUCGGGAGGCUGAGGCAGGAGAAUCGCUGGAACCCGGGAGGCAGAGAUUGCAGUGAGCCAAGAUCAUGCCGUUGCAGUCCAGCCUGGGCAACAGUGAGACUCCGUCCCCCCAAAAAAAAGAGAAGGAAAUAAAUACAUAUGCUCUGCAAAUACGUGCAAAUGGUCAAUCUCCCUGAAUAAAAAUAUGAUAAAA